AUGACAUCCAAAGGCAGCAUCUCCUAUCUAGUGACACCCGAGAAAAGCCAUACAAAGACAUGGACACAUAUUCUGAUGGCCCAACAAGGCGUCAUUUUUCUACACUGUCUCAACAGCCAACUCCAGCAGCAGUUUGUCGAGGCAGAAAAUAACACCGUGCAACUGGCCAACAUCAAAGUAGAAGGCUUCAUCAACCCGCCUUCGCUGGAUACUGCAACCGGCAAUAUACCCAAAACAACUGAACUGCUCGAUACGCUGGUUCGACCCAAUGUGUACGAGAACGUCAAGGAGUAUCUAGAAGCCUCUGUUCGAAACCACCUGUGCAAAUCGGUCACUUUUGAUGCUUCCAGAUUUUCACAUCACCUGCCUAUAAUGCAUUCCACUGCCAAAGAGAAGGGAUUGUGUACAUCACGUUCUAUUGAGAAAGCAGCUCGAUGGCGUACUUGCUUCCGUGAUUGCGAGGGGACAGAUCGUUUUCCCAUACUCUAUGAAAACCAAAGACCGAUUCAAGAUUUAGCCAUCGAUGUGCUGAAUGGCAUUCCUGUCAGUUCCGGUUUUGGCGUUGCUGUUGGGCUGAUACGCGAUCUUCUCGAACAACUGCAAGAUGUCAUUCUCAAGGACAUUAUCUACGCCAAAGAGAUGAAAUCAACGCAGGAACUGAUUGCCAUGAUUGUCACCGAGUUGGUCAACGGCAUGGAGGGAUCUGGCCAGAAAUUGUUUAUCAAAGGGCUCAGAAAAGAAGAUGCAAGACUCGUGUCGAAAAAGCUGCUGGUAGCGCUCUACUUGGUCGGCAAAAGGUUCUCCAAAGACAGCGCUAAUCAUCAGCAGUUGUGCAGCUAUAUCCACACUGUCAUUGAAGAAAAGACACACUCUUACUUUCAAGUUAACGAUGUUUCUUUAAUGCAGGUCAAACCAGAUGAAACUGCAACAGCAACCGCCUUGGAUGCUGCAUGGAGUCAAGUAAAUCGCUACGAAAACAUGUCUCUCAGAGAGCGAGAAGAUGCUGCACACGGUUAUCUACCAGAGUUUAAAUCAGAGAAGCAGCAGCAACCAUCCAUAGCAACUACCAUUGCUGGUCCAAGACACAAUCCCAACUUCAAGUCUCGUCGAGGAGGAAACCACGCCAAUCCAAAUGCGAAUGGCAACAACAGCAAUACAGCGCCGCCCUCCUCCUCAUCUAGCGAUCCUCGAUCAUCUUCUUAUCAUUACAACAAUCAAAAGAGACCGACUUAUCCUGAUCCGUCCAACGCCAAGCCUUAUCUCACCUACAUUGCUCCCACACUAGAAGAAAAGGCGCAAGAAGAAGAGCAAGAAGAGAAGAGUCUGGGCAACCCAGGCAACCUGUUGUGGCUGUACUGGAUGAAUGACAAGAUCAAAAAGCGGGGCAACCAAGAUGAAGGCGAUUUGAGUCUAGGAACUGAACUGGUGUACAAAGACCAUCAAUGGAAACGUGUCAAAAAGGAGUUUUUGGGCCGUUUAGCACAACCGGGAGAGAAGGGCGAGACAAUCUAG